AUGGAUGAGAGACAAAUUAUAUGCUAUUGUCGAUUUGAUGGGAAAAUUGACAAAAAUGAGAAUGGGGAAAUUAUAUACAUCGGCGGUGUCACAGACCCUUUUAUGAUAACAACAACAACAACAUACGAAUCAUUUAUAAAUGAGUUACAACAACGUUCAUCUUCAAACAUGAGUGGUAAAGUCAUAUAUUAUACCACCGAAUCUAACAAGAAUGAACUUUUGAGGAUGACGGGAGAAUCUGGAUUUAGAGUGAUGCUUCUAGUGAGUGGUCCCAUGCUAAAUGUGUAUAUGGAAGAUGCAGAGCCUGUAAUUGCAUCAUGCACAAUUCCUACUGAUCAUAGUGAGAGACAAUUUGUUGAAGCCACAUCGCCAAUUGGUCUUCUACAAAGUGUUGCGUCAACGUCUUCAUUUCCUCCGAUAAAUGCGCAUCGGGAUUCUUUCCGACACAUUGAUGACAUUCUUUGCGUGGAUCAGUUUUUUGACAGCCCAAAUGAUUUCAAAGAUGCACUCGUUUUGUUUGGUCUUCGUAAUCAUUUUCGGUUCAAGUACUUGGACAAUAGCAGAAAAUAUUAUAGAGUUGUGUGCGAGGUUAAUAAUUGUCCAUGGAAAUUAUCAGCUGGUUGUGAAGGAAGUGGUGAUAUAGCGAGAAUCAAGCGGUUUAAUAAUGUUCACACUCACACUGCUCAAGACAUUUCAGAUUAUAAAGCCAUUUUUUGGUCGAAGGAAAUGGGUCGAGCUAUUGUGAACAAGGUUAGGGACAAUCCUAAAUGCACCCCCAAGACUAUUUCCACAGACAUAAACGGUGAAUUUUCUGCUAAAAUGACUUACAUGCAAUCGUGGAGAGCUAAGGAGUGUGCACGUCAUAUCAUUGAGGGAAAUCCCAAGGAUAGCUAUAUUUUAGUCCCGUGGUUGUGUGAACGAAUAGCAGAAUAUAUUCCUGGGACAAUUACAUCGUGGGAGUGCACGGAUGAUAGGAGAUUUAAGCGAGUGUUUGUAGCUUAUGGGUGCUCCAUACGAGGUUUCAUCAACUAUUGCAGGCCCACGUUAGCAAUCGAUGCUUGCCACUUGAGUGGCAAUUAUAAAGGAACAAUGCUUGGUGCAACGGGGUUCGAUGCGAAUGAUGGCUUGUGGCCUUUGGCGUAUGCUGUUGUUUCUUCUGAGAAUGAUGAUGAUUGGCAUUGGUUCUUGAGCAAGGUGAAAGAGAUUCUAGAUGGUCGCAUUGUGACAAUCUUAACCGACAGGCAUCCGAGCCUAAUAAGUUGUAUUAGAGAUAUUUUUGGCUCCCAGUACCACUCAUGGUGUCUUCGUCACCUAACGGCGAAUUUUUCUACAUCCAUUCUUGGGAGACAAAGUUUAGGAUUGAGGGCUUCGGGUAAAGAGCAUGCGAAAAAAUUACUCGAUAAAAUUGCAUAUGCUCGAACUGUAGAUGAGUAUAAGAAUGCAUUGGCUGCCAUGCGGGUAUUUCGAGGGGAGUUAUGCGAUUGGGUUUUGGCGAAUUCACCUGAACAUUGGUCAAAUGCUAUGUUUACUUCCAAGCGUUGGGAUAAAUUAUACACCAAUCAAGCAGAGUCCUUCAAUGCAUGGGUGAAACCUAAUUAG